AUAUUGCCAGAAAUGGAAUCCAGCGUUUGGGCCCAUGGUCAGGAGAACAGCCGGCCUUGACAGCCUAAUCUCACUUUGCCGGCCCAAGCCCACGCAUUCCCUCCUCCCACUCUUCAAAAACCUUUCCUCCACUCCCAUUCAUCGUUCAAUUCUUUUCUGUCCAUCGCCACCCCCGCAGUGACGAUGCAGUCGUGUUCCGACGACAUCGCCUACGAAUUUGACAGCCUCAGCCUCAAUUCCACCACCACCACCGCCUCCACCACCGUUGACAUCAAGCACAGCUCUAGCUCCGGGUCUGAGGUCACCUGGGCUCCGCCCAGCAUCGCCACCUCCUCCUCCAAACCCCACGCGCCCUCCGGAGACCCCUGCUGGCAGGCAAUCCGGCGCGCCCAGGCCAGUAGCGACGGCGGCGCACUCGCCCUCCACGAACUCCGGUUCCUGCGGCGGCUUGGGAGCGGCGACAUCGGGAGCGUGUACCUGGUGGAGCUAAAGUGCGCGGGAGGGUGCAUGUUUGCGGCGAAGGUGAUGGAUAAGAAGGAGCUGGUGAGUAGAUACAAGGAAGGUAGGGCGAGAAUAGAGAGGGAAAUAUUGGAAAUGUUGGAUCAUCCAUUUUUGCCCACGCUUUAUGCCACGUUGGACUCUCCACGGUGGUCCUGUCUGUUGACGGAGUUCUGUCCCGGCGGCGACCUCCACGUCCUCCGGCAACGCCAGCCUGAUAAGCGCUUUCAUGAAGCUACUGUCCGAUUCUACGCAUCGGAAGUGAUCGUGGCUCUAGAAUACCUUCACAUGAUGGGGAUAAUCUACCGUGACCUAAAACCCGAAAACGUGCUCGUGAGAUCGGACGGUCAUAUUAUGCUCACAGACUUCGAUCUCUCAUUAAAAAACGAUAAUUCUACAUCAACGGCCCAGAUCGUCUCGGAUCAAAACCCGGCGUGCAAAAACUCCAGCACAUACCCAUCCAGCGACUAUCCAACGGAGCCGCCUCCAUUUGGUGAGUCAUCAUGCAUAAUACCCAAUUGCAUCGUUCCAGCUGUCUCAUGCUUCCACCCAAUCCGACGGCGGAGAAAGAAGCCACGUCACAGGAGGGCCCUGGAGAUCGUGGCGGAGCCGGUGGACGUGCGAUCAAUGUCGUUCGUUGGGACGCACGAGUACUUGGCCCCAGAGAUCGUAUCGGGGGAAGGGCACGGGAACGCGGUGGAUUGGUGGACGCUAGGCAUUUUCAUAUUCGAAAUGCUGUACGGGACGACGCCGUUUAAGGGCGUGGACAAUGAACUGACCCUGGCCAACAUCGUGGCCCGAGCGCUGGAGUUCCCGAAGGAGCCAUGGGUGCCAGCGGCAGCCAAGGAUCUGAUCACACAGCUGUUGGUAAAGGAGCCCAGCAGGCGAAUGGGAGCCACCAUGGGCGCCACCGCCAUCAAACACCAUGCCUUCUUCAACGGGGUGAACUGGGCGCUGCUGAGAUGCGUUACUCCACCCAUCGUUCCCCGACCCUGCAACGACGUAGUUUCACCCCAAGGUUGUACGGACAUCUCCAUAGAGUAUUACUAGGAGAGAGUGGGUGUGGAAACCUCAUUGUGUAGCAGUAGCCCCCGCAGGGCCACACCACAUAUAAAGUUAGAACCAACCAACCAACCACAUUCAUUGUUUUAAGAGGUCCCCAACAUAUACGUAUGCAUCUCAAAUUGUGUAAACCAAAAUUUCAUAUGAAAAAAAUGCUUUCGAUUAUUA